CUUUGACUAUGAAUGAAACAUUUAAAGAAAGACUGAGGUAAGCUUUUCGUCGUUUACUCGCGUCACUCGAGUCGACUCCAUUGCCGAGUUUACCCGGGUGAAACAUCCCGAACGGUCCGAGUAGUUCGAGUAGUCACAUGACAUCAAAACAGUUACGAUGUCAGUAUGUGAUCGAGAGACAGGCUUUUUUGCGUAUAGGACGCCAUUUUGUCACGUGACAAACCCUUUUACUCUCCGCUCAACGGGGAGUAAACGGGUUAGUCACGUGAUGCGACUGAUUCAAAACGUGAACGGUCUGGUGUCGACUCGAGUGACUCGGGUAAACAACGAAAACCUUACCUAAAGGAAGGGCAGGGUUAGGUACAGAAUGAGAAAGGGGAAGUGGAAGAGGUUAGCCAUUGUAUUAGCUGCUGUGUCGACAGUCGUGUAUAUUGUGGAAUUCAGAAACUCGAACAAUGUUCAGCGUUCUUCUGAUUUCGAUGCCGUUAAACGUGUCGCUGAUUUCUAUGGUGUUAAACGUGCCUCUGAUUUCUAUGGUGUUCCCGAAAUGACAUUAACUGUGCGACUAACUAGUACCCCUGGCCCCAACAGACCGCCUUCAAGCCCCAGUAUCCUUAAUUAUUUCUACUGUGCCUUACUGAGAAGCGCGGCAUUAUAUUGGUCCAGUCAGUUGGGAAAUGUUGGUAUCAUUCUUGAUGAAGACAAUCCUAAGGAUCACGAAUUCGCAGCCGGACUCGUAAAACAUCAAACAAAAAUGGGUAUUAAUUUUAGCAUUUAUUACGAGCCUUUGCCACCAAACCUAAAAGUUUUAACGGCAUCGCGUGGAGAUACGAAGGGUUAUAACCGUCAACUGUAUUCUAGUUUUCUUAUGGAUAAAUUAAUUAAAACUCCAGUUGUUGCUUGGAUUGAUACAGAUGCUAAAUUUAUCACUCCAGUCACCCGAGAUAACGUUAUGAAUGACAAUAAAUUACGUGUAAAAGGUAAAGAUACUUUUGUGAAUGAUUGGGUUAGACGAUGGGACAAAACAACCACGAGGAUGGUCGGGAAACCCAUGCCAUCAGAUUUCAUGACGUAUUUUCCUGUGUAUAUUUGGAGAGACACGAUAACUAAUUGCAGAAACCAUAUCAUAAAAUACAUGAAUGUGUCUACAAUAGAAGAAGCGUUUAUGAAAGCGGUGUCCCAGGACUACAGUAGUCCAGUCAAUAUUAUUAUGACGUAUGCGUAUUAUUUUGAAAAAGACCGAUAUGAUUGGCACAUCGAUAUUGGACCUUUAGAUCUUCAGAUAUAUAAUAAAGUGCAUUUGACCACCGGACACGAAUUACAACCUACUGAUAUAACGCGUGAUUUGCACGUGACAUUGCAUGACAAAUAUUAUUUAGACGCAACAAACAAAAUAAACCGUCAUGCUUAUUGUGCCGCCAUCAACGAAACUAAGAUUAACAUGGCCCCUGCAUUUAGACGAAUGUGCGAACCAUUUAAAGGGAUUGUGAUGUGGUCACUUUUUGAAUUCACAACACACCAACCUUUAAUAGAACAUUUAACCACGUGGUGCAAAAACAAAAAUAUUGAAUGCGUCUCCCUAAUUAAUGCACAUUUUAAAAACAUCGCAAAGCUAGCCAAUAACGGUGUGUACGACCUUGACCUGAACAAGGUCAAAUCAGUAGAAAUUGCAGCUAAAGAAAUGAACAUACAGUGUAAAGCAUUUCAUUAAAUAGAAGUCAUAAUAUUUGUCUCUUGUUACAGCCAUCGCGUCAGGUUUUGUAUAAUCAAUAUAAAAUAUAACAUGCCAAAUUCCCAUGUAUAUCAUUUAUAAGUCGUCCCCUGAGAAUGACAAAUUACCUGUCAUCAUAUUUAUAUUUGCGUACCUUAGACAAGUCGGUGACUUGGCAAAUGACAAACACAACACAAUUUAUAUGGAAAACAAUCACAGCUUUAUACACAUAGCACGAUGUUCCGACAAGUAUUCUCUUAUCGUUAUCAAGUACAAAUUGGAUUGAGAUACAGCGCCACCUGAUGUUAUUUAAUAAGCCGCCACCAGGUUAAAGUUUGUGACUCAUUGUACAGUUAUUUUAAUUGAAGUCUAUUAGGCCCGCCCCCGUGCUGGCCUGUGGAGGAGUUUCUGCAGGGCAGAUCAUAUAAGCAGAUUGCUUACACCAAUCUCAUUGUGUUUGGUUAAAACCAGCUACCGAUACCAAUAUUAGAAGAUGAUAAAAAUAAUCUUUACGGGCAAUAGUGUAAUAGCAUGUGGAUUUUAGCAGGAGUGUAUGCCAAAAAUACAUUUCAUUCCAUGGAGCUCUGGAAACAGUUCUUGAUAGACUUCAAUCGCUCAAUCCUUGUCACAGGAAUUUCAAAAUAUGAUCUUCUGACUGAAAUUAUAUUUUUUGUUUCUUUUUACAAUUAAUAAAGCUGAAUAUUGUGGA